GGAGAAGGAGCAGGAGCAUUGGCAGAGUCCUGCAAGGAGCACAUCCCCAGGUACAUCAGCUGUCUGCCUGCUGCAGAGAUGGUGCAAGUAACUCCAUAUCUCCUGCUGCUCAUCCUGGCCCUGGGGGCUCACAGCCUCCCUCCAAAAAAGUGCAACCUGAUCGGGCACUGGGUCAAUGACCUGGGCUCCACCAUGAAAAUCUUGGCUGUGAAUGGAGACGGUGUCUUCUCUGGCUCCUACCUCACGGCUGUGUCAGCCACCACGAACGAGAUCAAGGUGUCACCACUACAAGGGUCUCUGCAACGCAGAAACCACAAGGGUCAGCCCACCUUUGGCUUCACUGUCAACUGGAGCUUUUCAGACACAAUCACCGUUUUCACGGGACAAUGCUUUGUGGACAAGGAUGGAAAUGAGACUUUGAGGACCAUGUGGCUUCUGCGGUCACACGUGGAUGACAUUGAAGAUGACUGGAAAGCCACCAUGGUCGGCACCAACAUCUUCACCCGUGUGCAGUCGCAGAGGGAGUGACAAGGGCAGCAGGGGCAUUCCCAGGCCAGCAGCAACACUGGGGGGGGGAAGCCCCCACUCCUGCCCCACCACUUCUUUCUCCCAAUAAAGCUUUGUUGCAAACCCCCACUGUCUCCUGUCAUGAUGUUGAA